GAUAGGAGGUGUAAACUUGAGCUCCAGAAAUUCAUCAUCUCUUCCCACACGACACAACCGAGAGAGAAAGAAAGUGAGAGAGAGAGAGAGAUGCUCCAUAGCUCUGUGGCGAUAACAUCCCCUAAAUUAACAUGCUCUUUCCAAUCUACUUCCACUUCCGACUUCCAUCGUCCCUCCAGACGCCUCAGGCUCUCCGCCAAGAUAGACGAUGCCUCCGCCGACCAAUUUCUGCAGAAUAACUCCAUCGCCGAUUUCAUGAGGUUUAAGAGGGAUGACCACGCCCAAUUGCAAACCGCUCUUCUCACCUACCGCAAGAAGUUCCCCUUCUCCCUUCUUCAACCGUUUCUCCGAGUGGAUUUGGUCUCCACGAUUCAUAUUGCUGAUAAGGAGUACUUUGCAACCCUACAGAAAGAACUGGAGGGAUAUGAUUGUGUUCUUUAUGAGAUGGUUGCUAGCAGAGAAAGUCUAGAAAACAGAAGGAGCCCCGGGCCUAGGAAGAAACUUACGAGCUCAAACUCACGGGGAUUUAAUAUUAUUGGAUGCAUUCAACGACAAAUGGCCAAGUUGCUUAUGCUUGACUUUCAAUUAGAUUGUCUUGACUACCAGGCAGAUAAUUGGUAUCAUGCAGAUCUUGACUUAGAAACUUUUAAAUUGCUUCAGCUUGAAAAAGGUGAAAGCUUCUUCACAUUUGCCAGAGAUAUGACACUCAAGUCCACAAAAGCUAUGGUGCAGCCUGCUCCGCCCCGUGAGGAUCUUGGUCCUUGGAGGUCCAAACUUUUAUGGGCCGCCCGCGUUGUUCCAAUGCCUCUUGUUGGUCUGCUCAUCAUAGGAGGUGUUUGUGCGGAUAUCGGAAACCAAUCAGAAUAUCCAGAAGUAGAAGCCUUGUCCAGGCUCGAUUUUGGUGCAGCAAUGAAAGUAUUCCUUGCAAAGAGGCUAACAUCUGAUCCCUCUGUUUAUAGGUUUGCACAGGUAACAGCUGAUGUGGAAGAGACAUCUGUGAUCAUCGGCGAGAGGAACAGAGCUGCUACAGAGGCGCUACGAAGAGCCAUUGAUGGAGGCAACAAGAAGAUUGCGGUCCUGUACGGAGGAGGGCACAUGCCGGACUUGGGACGAAGGCUGCGGGAGGAGUUCGAUCUCGUCCCCUCCCAGGUACAGUGGAUAACGGCGUGGUCCAUAAAGAAUAGGAAUCUCACAAGCAGCUCUCUCCCACUCCUUAAGAAAAUAGCUGAAAUCUUUCAGUGGCCAUUAAAUAGAUACCAAACUCUAGCGUUGCUCAUAUUAUCUUCUCUUCUUGCAUUAGAUCUCUGGUUUUGGGAACUCUUUUUUGGCACCACUGUGAAUUGGGUGUCGAAUGUGGCUUCGGAUUUGAUUCAUUAUGUUGAUAACAACCAAUUCAUGUGAUUUGGAGUCUUGUAAAUUCAGUGCUGAUUGUAGGGAUAUUGUGUGCAUUCAUGAAAUACAGGAACCAUUCAAAUUGAAUGAAA